AGAGGAAAUAUACUUUGCGUUUCAAACAUAAGAAACAUGUUGCCUUGUAUGGAAUAGCCCCACCCGAGAUUAGGUACUACCCGUGGCAGAGCCUAGCCAUGAACGAGGCUGUAACCUGACCAGGUCCUUUAUACGAAUUUUAUUCCCUCUUCUCUCUUCUAAUUGCUUGAAUGCUCAGUCCCGCCACUUGGUCGCUUUGCAGCUUCGGCCCAGGGCCGGGAUCCAGUGCCUAAGCUGCCAGCCGCGCCAAUGCAAGUACACGCUUGACACGGAUGGGCAAAUGAGGUUACUUCUGGUGUGGUGCUGGCCAAUUUGCACCUCCUGUCGAUCCACGGCGUGCACACGCUUGUGUCGUUUCGGCAGCUUUGCCCAUGGGAGGAUCCGUAGCCUAGCACAGCACCGGCUUUGUGCUCCAUAGUCGCGGCAUCUGCCAUGUCCAGCGCUGCGAGUAAUCAAUGCGCGCUCCUGGUUAUUAUGCUUUUCGUGCCUGUGAAAAAAGAAGGCUUGUGGAUGACGUACUCAGGCACAGAUUGGAGAGUGGCAAGGUACCUGGUAGAGUCUUCCGCCUUGUGGGCACCGCAGCCAGGGGGGCAAUUAUGCGUGGCGGGACCUGCGCUGUACUCGCGAACGCACAGCGCCAGAUGCUGCAGUCGCGGUAUCUCUCAGGUACUGACGUCGACGCAGCGGGCCGAUUUGACCAAGAACAGGCACUAGGCGCUAUGCCGGUUCCAGACAAGGCGCUGGUGAGACAUUGCCGCUCCAUCUCGCAAUUAAAAAACAGGCAAAGCAAUCACGGGCAGAUCGUCUGCAAAGAGUGGAUUCGGCGACCAGUGCUAGAGCAGAGGCGAGGCGGAUGCGCUGCUCGUGCCUUGCCGGCGUCGUUGAAACGAGGACGGGACGGGACCCCAGAUGGAACAAACCCUCACCUGCGGAUGCGCCGUCAUCACCGCUGCCACCGCCGCUUUUCUGCUUUGUCGCUGCAGCCGUCCAGAGGGGCAGACCCGAUCCGACCCUCACACGAAGCGCCGAGACUGAGACUCAGACGGACGGAGGAGUCGGGGCUUUGUCCGGAAGCGCUAUCCCGGGGGCUCUUGCGAACGCUGUGCGCGCUGUGACGAGCUGGGCGUCAGCCAAUUUCGAGGCUCGUAGACGGACAGUAAACGCGGCUCACGGAACACAGCCUGGCAAAGGCGAGCGACGUUUGGGGCCUGCGCAAUAUAAAC